UCGACGAAAUUUCGAAUAUUUCGACCUGAGACAAACCGGUUGUUCGCGAUAUGGCGGUGCACAACACGAGUGACGGAGAGGGAGAUUCGCACUUUUGGUGGGGACUGAUGAUAUUGAAGAAAGCAUGUAGAGGGGAAAAUAUACGCAGAUUUUCUUCGAAACCAUUUCACGAGCAACAAAGAAAGGAUCGUUUUUUUACUUUAGUUAAGAAAAAAGGAAAAAUAUGUGAGAGAUGCCUUUUCAGGAUGCAAUUAUAUUGGUACUUUUAUGGAGAUAUUUCACGAGAGCAGGUGAGAUCGAAUAAAAAAAAAGUCACCUGUCUUGUUGGCAACCUCCGCGAACGACUCUGACCGCCUCUGACCUGCUGACCGAUUUUCAGCGCUGAUAUCCCUGAAUCCACUUGUCCCUGAUUGGACUUAUAUGACCUUCUCAAAAAAAAAAUCUCUCUGACAAACUUGGCGCUGAAUAAAGGAUCUUUACAUGAUGUUGCGAAUCAUCAUUACUAUGAAUAAAUUAACGAAGAGAGAAACGGAUCUAGUUUCGAAAGGCACCAAUUAUUAUAUUCCGCCGUGUCAUGAACUGAUCAAUAUUGAUAUAUACUUUUUAAAUGGGAAGUUGGUUAAUGAUCCUGAUUAUUCGUCAAGAUUUUCAAGAUAAAUUAUGGGGUAUCAUGGAAAUAUAUUCUGACGCGAGAAACUUUUCUUUUCUCACAGAUCACGACGAAGUUGGUACGAUUGAGAUCGACAAGCAUGAUUCAAUGAUGGAGGUGAUUUCAACACGCCGAUACGAAGCAAGAACUCAUCCUGGAAUUCUGGUCGAUCCAAAGAAAUCCAUUGCUACUGUUAAGGAAGAGGAAUGGGAAACACGUAAAAAGAAGGAAAUUACUACAACGAGACAAAUUGAGACAAGGGUGAAACGACAAGUUGUUCUCGAAGAUGGUGAAGUUGUCGUUGAUUCCGGACCUCUCGUUACCACCAAUACAACUGAAGAUGUUGAGCAACAAGAGCAUACCACUAAGGAGAGACGGACGACCGGGGACGAACCUCAGGAGGUGGAAUGGCCAACUGGAGGGAAAGGAGAAGGAAUAGUUCAGAAAGAGCUUAACGAGACGGUGGUGAGAAGUCGAGAAGAAAUCGAGGAACGUCUUGAGACCGAGGAUCGUCAACAACUUGGCGAUAUUUCUGACGAGGCUUACCUGCAGGCAAUUCGGAGCAAUAAGGGCGAUCUGAGAAUUGCUCUGGCGGAAUCCUCGAAGCAGCUUGCUCCACAAACUGGACCUCGAGUUGUGCACCACACGACGAGGUCGAACAAGGUCGUCGACACUGAGACAACGCUCGAGAGAAGUGAACUCAAAGCAAACGGACAGAUCGUCACCGAAAAGAAGAAAACCAUCGAACACGAAGAGAUCAAGGACGACGAGGUACCAGACGGAAAGGAAGGCAAUGGGGAUAAUGCAUCGGAGACUAGAAAGGAGAGCUUUCAGAGAUUCGUGAAAACAAGAGACGAGGAUAUUGUUGAUUACGUCUCAGGUGGAGAAAGGAUCGCGCGAGAAAUGCGCUACGUCUCAGAAACGACAGAAGGUGAACGAAUUGGAGAUUGGCCUCCUCCGCCGAGCACCAUGCGUACUCAUCGUCUUCAUAAACAAGGAUCCCCGGCAGAAGGAACUCCAGCUUCCAGAAAAGAUGCUUUGACGAAAAAGACUCUGGAUCUGGAGGAAGAAGAUGAGGCGAGAAAAUUUGAAACUUCCAAAUGGCUUGAGAGUCAUUUUGGAAGUGAUUCACGAUCAUCUCACGGCUCUAUCGAUGAUGAGCCUCCAAUUCAUACUGGCACCAAUACUAGUUUCAUCAACGUAACAAUGAAAUCAUGCAACACAAGAGAAAGGGAUUUUCAGAAUUCAAACUCUAGUCGUCCACCUCGUCGUACCUCAGGUCGUGAUUCUUCCUCUCCAGUUGGAUAUUUUCAAGGAAUUAGCGAAUGGUCCGAAAGACAUCAGGAGAAAAAUAAUCAUGUGAGAACCUCAUCGCCCGAUCAGUAUAUAAAUGGAAAGUCAAAUAAUAAUUGUUUUACUUCGGACAAUACGAGAAAUCAUGUUGAAUCGUAUUCUAGAACAUUGGAGUCGAAACGACAUCAGGAGAGACAAGAGCCAUUGGAACAUCAGAGAAAUGGAGCUCCUUCACCGCCACUUCGAAGAAGAGUUCGAGAGCAGAAGAAAUCAGAGGAAAAAUCUAGUUACGAGUCAACGGGAAGGACGUCAAGUCCAGUACUAGUGGUACAAAGAACUUGGGAAAGUCGCAGUAAAGAUGUACAAAAUCAAAAACUCGAUCGAGAAAUUCGAAAACCAAGUCCAGAAGUUAAACCGAAGACAAUAUAUGUACCAAGAUCACGAUCAAUUUCACCUAUUCCCAGAGCGACUUCUCCAAAAAAAGAAAGAAAAAUCGUUGAACAGGAAAACACUCGAUCUCCUAAAUCCUCUGGACAAUCGAAAUACAAAAUUGGAGAAUCUUUUAGAAAAUUAGUUGGCAAAUUACGUUCGGCAAGUACAGAGAGAAAAAAUAAGAAAAGCGGCAGUUCAACAUCACAAGUAACACAAACGGACGACACUCCAACAUAUAUGCAAUACAAUAGUGUUGAUAAAAAUAUUCCACUUGGUCCGGAUUAUGAUUUAGAGGAUAAACCACCUGAAAGACCACCACGUUCUCCAAGAAAUAAUACUCCAGUGUCUCAUAAUAUUAAAACAACAAAAAUGAAUGAUUAUAAUUCAAAGGAACAAUGGCAUCGAAAUGAAUCUGUACCUCCUGUUCAAAGGUAUUAUUUAGGUGAAGAUCCCUUUGGAGGAAGUAUUUAUGGAAAAGAAAAAGGAUACGAAAAUUCAAAACCACAUGGUAGACAUCGAACGUCUGGGAAAUCGGGAAUUGAGACUGAAUACAGUGUCGAGUCAAAUUCUUUGGGCCGCUUUAGCAAAUCCACCAGUCGCUUGUCCAGUGAAUAUGAGAGGGAAGAACAUUUUCGCACCACUCAAACUUUGCCCAGGAAGCUUCACACUUCCGAGCGUAGACGACAAAUUUCCAGGAAUCAUUUGAACGAAUCUAAAACAAAAAAUGAUUCUAGAAAUGGAAAUCAUUUGAACGAGAUUAGAAGUGGUAAUCAUUUAGAGAUGAGAAAUGGUGUGAAUCAUUUGGAAAUGAGAAAUGGAAAUAAUCAUUUAGAAAUGAGAAAUGGUAAUCAUUUGAACGAGAUUAGAAAUGGAAGUCAUUUGGAGAUUAGGAAUAAUGGAAAUAAUCAUUUAGAGAUCAGAAAUGGAAAUGGUUUUAAUGAGUCAAGGUUCGGGAGUUUGCUGUCAUCUAAACUUGGUCAUCCUCAAAGAUAUGGAAGCAUGAUAAACAUUUCUUUUAAGAACAAUGUGGGUCAUCCAAAACCAGUUCAAACUCUUGUUCAAGGUCCAACAAAACCUGACAGAACUUAUAAAUCGUCGCUCUCUCGUAGCAAAUCAUUUAAUGUUGAAGCCAACAGGAAUUAUUCUGAUCGUUAUUCGCCAAGUACGCAUUAUAAAUCAAAUUCCCAAUUAAAUCGAUUAGACGAAACUCCACCUUUGAAAAGUCCUGGAAUUUUAGCCAGUAUCAGUCGUAGUAACAGGGAUCUCUUUAAAAAUGGCAAACAUGAUUUUUAAAAAUUAAAUUGAUUUUAAAGAACAUUAUUUAUACAUUUCAACAUUGUUAAAAAAGAAAUUCUCAAUUGAGGUUUUAAAGAAAUUAAUAUAAAAUUGAAACAAAUGUUUAAAAAUGUUAAAAUUGAAAAUUAAUAUUUUAAUUUUAUUUAUUAAUUUCUAAAAUUUUAUUGAACAGAUGCCAUAUUUUAAGAUUCUCGCUAAUUAGCAUUGUAUAUUUCGCAUGUUAAUUUAAAAAAAAAAAAAUAUUGAAAAAUAGAUUCACACACGGGUUUUUGAAUAACAUUCUUUCUCAGGUCGAAUUUAAAAUUUUUAAUAAUAAUUUCUUAUCACCUAAGUUUUUGAUCAACUAAUUUAAAAAUGCAUAAAUUAUCCUUUAAAUAAAUUUUUAUUUUAGUUUUAAAUUAAUAUAAUAUGUAAAAUAAUAAAAAUAGUCGACAACUUUCACAUUUUCCAUAUUUGUAAAAUAAUAAAGUUAGUCGAUAAUUUCUUCUUUUAUUUUGUAAAAUAAUUAUUGCCGUUAUUACUAAAAUAAUUUUUAUACAAUCCACUUAAUUUUACACAUAUAUAUAUAUAUAUAUAUAUAUAUAUAUAUAUAGUAUAAGUAAUU